GUCCUGGGGCUCAUCUAUCUCUGAAGUAACGCUCAUUUUUGCUCAAACCCUUAGCAUGAUCAUCCGGCCAGUGCGCAGACUCCUCCACCGCCCGCGCGCGGUCUCCUACUUCCACUCCUACCAACCUUGCUGGGCAUCUCGCAAGGUCCUCCAGAAGUUCAAGCUCGCUGAUAUUGGCGAGGGAAUCACCGAGUGCGAGGUCAUCAAAUGGAACAUCAAAGAACAAGCGACCAUCGCCUCCUUCGACCCUCUCUGCGAAGUCCAGUCCGACAAGGCCUCCGUCGAGAUCACCUCCCCCUUUGACGGCGUCGUCACCCAGCUGCUCGUCCAAGAAGGCGAGGUCGCCAAAGUGGGGCAGGGACUCUGCAUGAUCGAGGUCGACGAGGAAGACCUCGAGGGCGUCUCCAGCGACCAGAUCGGCAGCCCCGAGGAGCCCGAGCCCGCAAACGCCAACGGCGAGCGCGGCAGUGGCAAUGGCAGUGUGGGGAGGCGGUCCACGGAGGGAGAUCAUGUCGUGUCAAACGUGCUCACGCAGGCGGAGGAGGGGCUCGGGUCGCCGACAUCGCCGAGUACGCUUGAGACGGAGAUGGCUUCGAUGUCGGAACCACCAGAGCGGAAGCGUAACCUCCACCCUAUGGAUCCCAACUUCAAGCCUAGUACUUCUGGCCUUGGUUCUGACGCGUCCAAAUCCAAGGAUGUGCUCGCCACGCCCGCAGUACGCCAUUUUGCACGCGAAAAGGGCGUUGAUCUCGCGCUUGUCGCGCCAGGGAGCGGAAGAGAUGGACGCGUCGAGAAGAAGAAUAUCGAAGCUUUCCUUGCGCGUGGAGCUUCCGCUCCGUCUCCUCCGUCAGCGGAGUCAAGUGUUGCACAAGCACCACAGCCCGUGCAACAGGACGAUGUGGUCGUCGAACUUGGGCGGACGCGCUAUGGGAUGUGGAAGGCUAUGGAGAAGUCCCUCCAAAUCCCUCACUUCGGCUACUCCACCUCUCUCGACCUCACUCGCCUACACGCUCUCCUCCCUCUCCUCAACACGCACAUCCCCACCCACUUCCUUCCGCCCUCUUCCCGUCCCACUAAAGACCCAUAUGGCGGCCUCGUCAACCCCUCUGCCCUGCACCCCGCCCCACAGGGCCCAGACGUCCCCGACGGCGCACACUUCACAAAGCUCACAUACCUCCCCGUGCUGCUCAAAACGCUCGCCCGCGCAAUGAUGGACUGGCCCAUCCUCCGCGCCUCCAUCACACCACCCAGCAGCCCCGCAGACAAGCCGAUACUGACGAUCCGCCCGGGCGCCGACAUCUCCCUCGCGCUCUCCACGCCCUCGGGGCUGUACACCCCCACGCUCCUCGGCGCGCAGUCGCACUCCGUCUUCAGCAUCGCCUCGCGCGUGCGGCACCUCGCGCAUCUCGGGCGGCAGACGCCCGUUGGACUCACGCCGCGCGAUAUGCCGAGGCGCGGGGGCACGGUGAGCGUGUCGAAUGUGGGCGCGGUCGGUGCGGGCGAGUCUGCGCACCCUGUGCUCGUGCCCGGCGGGGGCGUGGCGAUUGUGGCUGUUGGGCGGGCGAGGUGGGUGUGGGAUGUGGAUGCGAAGGCGGAGGGGGAGAGGAGGCUGAGGGUGCCUGUGAGCUGGAGCGCGGAUCAUCGGGUGCUUGAGGGUGCGGAGUUGGCUGCGUUUGUGGAGUGCUGGAGAGGGUGGGUCGAGGCGCCGGAGAGGAUGAUCGGGGAGGGAAUUUGAGGAGUUUCACUUCCUUUUCUUUUGAGGAAAGUUGGCCAUGGACAAUGGAAGUUUGGAGUGACGUACAGCUGGAUCGAACAACGCAUAAACGCAUCGUCUGAACGACCCAUUGCAUUACCCGCAUGUACGAGUAGGAUACUCUCAUUAAAAGCAAGAUAUGUAGAUAUCCAUAAACAUCAGUUUUGUCAUCCAGUACCAACGUUCGUGCCUCCCGCGCCUAGCUCUCCGGCGACGACAUCCUCACGCUCGCUGAAGCCCUCAGACUCGCCCUUGCACGCUUUUGCGCGCGUGUACGAGGGCGCGACUCAUCAUCUGCGCCGCUGCUACUCCCCUCCGCCUCUUCAUCCUCACUACUCUCAUCCUCAUCCCACCCAGGCCCCGCCUCCGCCCUCUUGACCUCCUCGUCCCACCCCGCCGCACUGCCUUUACCUUUACCCUUACCCUUACCUUUACCUCUAUCCUUUUCCUCCGCCCGCUCGGCCUCCUCCAUCCGCUCGUCGAACGCCCACGCACGCAGCUCCGUCUUCCAAAGAUGCACCGAAAGCGUGUCCGGAACCGGAAACCCUUCGACGGCGCCAGCCGCCGUAGCUUUCAGGUCCUCGCGCGCGAGCCGGCGGCGGCGCUUCGCCUGCUUGCGCUGCCAUGCGCGGAUGAGGUCCUGCACGGUGGGGUCGUUCGCGGGCGAGGACGCGGCCCAUGUCGUGUUCGAGCCGUCCGAGGCGCGUGUCCAGUUUGACCAGCUUAC